CUUUUUCUGACCACAAUGAUGAAGGGUAACAUGCUGAUAUUUGCGUCACUGUGUGGGCUGCUUUGCUGGAACCAUGCAGACUCCAUGACGAUCCAUUUCAAGUCUUUAUCGAUGGAGGCCAACCAGCGCCGUGAUAACAUCAUUCUAAAGGAGGUUGACCAAAGCAGUAACAUCCCAUUGAACCUGGUUGAAGAGUCGGUUGAUGACAUGUACUUUGGCUGCAAUGAACAAAUGACGACAAUGGUCAAGAAAAAAUAUGAUGAUGAAAAGAACGUCAACAAAAGAAUUGAAAAUGCCUGGAAUAAGGCAGAAAAGUGUGCAGAAGAGAGAAUGGCCCGUCUGGAGGAUAAGGGUUUAACCAAAGAUCACCUGCGUGCCAUCUGUGUUUACACAUAUGAUACGAUUUACUCAGAGUUCAAUAAGGCUGUCCUCACCCAAAGGAAAAACUAUGGAUUCUCUUUCCAGUUCCAUUAUUUACAUUUCAUGCUGACAUCUGCUGUACAGAUUCUGAAUAACAAAUACCAGUGCUACACUACUUAUAGACGAACCUCAGUAAAAUUUACUGGUCAAAUCAACCAUUUGAUUAGAUUUGGGUCCUUUGCCUCUAGCUCCUACCAUAACUCCCUGGAUAAAUUUGGUACUGAAACCUGCUUCAAAAUCCAGACCUGUUCAGGUGCAUUUUUGAAACAUUAUACAUAUUAUAAUUCUGAAGAUGAAUUAGAGGUGCUCAUCCCUCCUUAUGAGAUGUUCAACAUAACUGAGAUAGUUAAAGAUAAUAAUAAGAUACGAAAUAUGGGUCUAACGUCAUGCAAGGUUGUGUACGUCUUGAAGAGCAGAGGGGUUAAGAGCAAUCUGAACUGCAAACUGGUGAUUUUUUGACUGAGAAAUGAAACUGUUUUUCAUGCUCACAAUAUAUUCAGAUAUUACACUGUGCAGCUUUGCCCUAAUAUUGCCCCUUUGUAUUUUAGACAGUCAUUGGUACCUUUAAUAACUUCACCGUGAAAGAACUUCUUAUUUUCUCACCUGGACGGAUGAAAAGAAUAUCAACAUGUUCCAGAUCAUCUUUUGUGACGUUAAGGAGGAAGUAGAAAGAAAAAGGGAAACGAAUGUUUGAAUGUUUAAACCAUUGCUUAGGUUUAGGAUUUCUUUCUUAACUUUGAAAAGCUUUGUUUUUCUGCCUUCUGAAAGCACACAUCAAUAAAAGUUUCUUAACAUCC